UUCCACUCUCACUCUCUGUUUCUUCCAUUUUUAAGCCCCCUCUUCUUCCUUCUUCCCACUCUUCAUUCUUCUCCCUUUCUUACAUCUUUCAUUCUUCCUCUCUUACUUACCCAUGGCCCAGGAGACUCUUAACUCUGAAUCACCACCCGCUGCCCCCGCCCAGGAAUUGUCUGUGGUUGUCGAGAAGCCUCAAGUUACUGAGAAAGAGCCACAACCCUCCGCACCUGCUCCCCUGCCGGAGCCUGAGGUUCCCGAGAAGCCGGCUGUUGUUGCUGUUGAAGAAGAAGCUGUUGAAGUUGAGAAGCCCAAGGUUGAAGAAAAGGAAGAAACUAAGAUAACCCAGUCUGUUUCCUUCAAAGAGGAAACUAAUAUCGCUGGUGAACUUCCUGAGCCUCAAAAGAAGGCCCUUGAUGAGCUUAAGCAGCUUAUUCAAGAAGCCCUUAACAACCACGAGUUCACUGCCAAACCCGAAGCAGAAGAAAAACCUGUAGCUGAGCCUGAGCCAAAGAAAGAAGAAGAAGAAAACAAGGAAGAGAAGAAAGAAGAAAAAGAGGAAGAGACACCUGCUGCUGCAAUUUCAGAAGAACCCAAGAUAGUAACGGAUGCACCCGCCGCUGUUGAAGUCAAGGAAGAAGAGAAUACUCCUCCUCCACCACCACCAGCCGAGGCUCCCGCGGCCGAAGUGGUUGUGGUGGAAACAGAGGUCGCUGAAAAAGCGAAAGCCGUAGACGACGAUGGCGCCAAGACGGUGGAGGCGAUUGAGGAGUCUGUAGUCGCUGUUGCCGCUCCUCCAGCAGAGAAAGAAAAGGAGGAGCCCUCCGCCGAAGUGGCUCCUCAAUCCGAAGAGACCAAAGAAGCCCAAGUUCCUUCACCUCCACCCGAGGAGGUGUCCAUAUGGGGGAUCCCACUUCUCGCAGACGAGAAAAGCGAUGUGAUCUUGUUGAAAUUCUUGAGGGCAAGAGAUUUCAAGGUGAAGGACGCAUUCGCUAUGAUAAAAAACACUGUCAGCUGGCGAAAAGAAUUCGGAAUCGAAACCUUGCUCGAUGAAGAUCUUGGGAACGAACUAGAAAAGGUUGUUUUUAUGCAGGGGUUUGAUAAAGAAGGUCAUCCCGUCUGUUACAACGUCUAUGGAGAAUUCCAAAACAAAGAGCUGUAUCAAAACACUUUUGCUGAUGAAGAAAAACGGUCCAAGUUCUUGAGAUGGAGGAUUCAGUUCCUGGAAAAGAGCAUCCGAAAACUCGACUUCAAUCCUACUGGUAUCAAUACCAUGGUUCAAGUGAACGACCUCAAGAAUUCACCUGGACCUGGUAAAAAGGAACUCAGACAAGCUACCAACCAAGCCCUUAACUUGCUUCAAGAUAACUAUCCCGAAUUUGUGGCCAAACAAGUGUUUAUCAACGUUCCAUGGUGGUACUUGGCUUUCAAUAGGAUGAUCAGUCCUUUCCUGACUCAGAGAACCAAGAGCAAGUUCGUAUUUGCAAGUCCAGCCAAAUCUGCUGAGACCCUCUUCAAAUAUAUUGCUCCGGAGCAAGUACCAGUUCAAUAUGGUGGACUGAGCAGAGAGGGCGAACAGGAAUUUAGCGUGGCCGAUGCCGUCACAGAGGUUACAAUCAAGCCAGCAGCGAAGCAUAGUGUUGAAUUCCCUAUAACUGAGAAUUGUAAUCUGGUUUGGGAACUCCGAGUAGUGGGAUGGGAAGUCAAUUACGGAGCCGAAUUCGUGCCGACCGCCGAAGAUGGGUAUACCGUGAUCGUAUCGAAAACAAGGAAAGUUUCUUCGGUGGAUGAAACCGUGAUCUCCGAUAGCUUCAAGACCGGUGAGCCUGGAAAGGUUGUUCUCACCAUUGAUAAUCAAACAUCAAAGAAGAAGAAACUCCUUUACCGGUCCAAGACCAAGCCUUGUUCUGAUUGAAGCUUUGAAAUGAUCAAUGGGGUUGGAUUUUGUUUUCUUCUUUAUUGGAAAAAUUAUUUUUAUAAAUUUAGAAUCUUUGGGGAUUUAUUUUUAUUUAUAUAUAUUUUUUAAUUAGUUAAUUGGGAUUUUGGUUUUUUAUUUUGGUUAAAGAUGAAUCUGGGAUGAAACUGUGUGUAAUGUGGGAAAAGGAACUGUUUUGUUAUUCUGAAAACUCUUUGUUUCUAAAGUUUGUGUAAAUGUCUUCCUAUUUUGUUCACUAA